UGGCUGAAAUUUUUGGGAAUCAAAGUUAUAAGGAAAGUGGUUGUUGUGGGUAGUGGUUGAGGUUGUGGUUGGUAAAAAAAAAAAUGGAUUCUGCGAGAAGUUGGUUACAAAAAUUUCAACCACGUGAUAAAUUGAGGGCCUCUACAAGGAACAAAGAUGAUACUAAUGGCACAAAUGAAAUUCCAAAUGUGCCUAUGGAUGAUACAUCUCUUUCCAAUGUCACAAAACAAAAGGUUACGGCAGCCAAACAAUACAUUGAGAACCACUACAAGGAACAAAUGAAAAGCCUUCAAGAGAGGAAGGAGCGUCGAACCAUCUUGGAAAAGAAGUUGGCUGACGCUGAUGUCUCCGAGGAAGAUCAAAAUAACCUACUUAAAUUUUUAGAGAAAAAAGAAACUGAAUAUAUGCGUCUUCAAAGGCACAAAAUGGGUGUUGACGAUUUUGAGUUACUAACUAUGAUUGGAAAAGGUGCAUUUGGGGAGGUUAGAGUCUGUAAGGAAAAGGCUACGGAUCAUGUAUAUGCAAUGAAAAAGUUAAAGAAAUCAGAAAUGCUUCGUAGAGGCCAGGUAGAACAUGUUAGAGCUGAAAGGAAUCUCCUAGCAGAGGUUGACAGCAAUUGCAUAGUUAAACUUUAUUGUUCUUUUCAAGAUGACGAAUAUUUGUAUCUUAUUAUGGAAUAUCUACCGGGUGGAGAUAUGAUGACUCUACUCAUGAGAAAGGAUACCUUGACUGAAGAUGAAGCUCGAUUUUAUGUAGGAGAAACAAUUUUAGCUAUUGAAUCUAUACAUAAACACAAUUAUAUACAUAGGGAUAUUAAGCCUGACAACUUGUUACUUGAUAAAUAUGGACAUUUGAGACUAUCAGACUUUGGACUAUGUAAACCAUUAGACUGUAGUACACUUAAAGAAACAGAUUUCACUACAGGUCAAAAUGCGAAUGGGUCUACACAAAAUAAUGAACAUGUAGCUCCAAAACGCACACAACAAGAAAAAUUGCAACAUUGGCAGAAAAAUAGAAGGACACUUGCGUAUUCUACUGUUGGUACACCAGAUUAUAUUGCUCCAGAAGUUCUAUUGAAAAAGGGUUAUGGGAUGGAAUGUGAUUGGUGGUCACUUGGAGCUAUUAUGUAUGAAAUGUUAGUGGGAUAUCCACCUUUUUAUUCUGAUGAUCCAAUGUCAACAUGCAGGAAGAUAGUAAAUUGGAAAUCUCACUUAAGAUUUCCUGAAGAAGCAAGGUUAUCUCCAGAAACUAAAGAUCUUAUAAGUAAGCUUUUGUGUGAUGUUAAUCAGAGGUUGGGUUCAAAUGGUGCAGAUGAAAUAAAGGCUCAUCCAUUCUUCAACGGUGUUGAAUGGGAUAAAUUGUAUCAAAUGGAAGCUGCCUUUAUUCCCGAGGUCAAUGAUGAGUUAGAUACUCAAAAUUUUGAAAAGUUUGAAGAGUCUGAGAGUCAAACUCACUCAUCAUCAAGAGUUAGUCCAUGGAGGAAGAUGUUUUCUUCUAAAGACUUGAAUUUUGUUGGAUACACAUACAAGAACUUUGAAAUUGUCAACGACUAUCAAGUUCCCGGAAUGGCUGAAUUGAGGAAGAAAAAUUCAAAAGCAAAGAAGCCAUCUGUCAAGUCCUUAUUUGAUGGUGAAAGUGAGGCAUUUGAGGCUUCAGAAUCAACUACAAGCAUAACUAGGAAGUAUGAUGAUCUACCUCCCAUGUCAGAAUAGAAGCAUAACUCAAGCCUAAAGUAGCAUUUUGAUAAUUUUUGUGUUUAAUGUAAUUGUUGGUGUUAUUUCAUAUUUUUUAUUUGUUCUCAAAAAUAUCAAUAGUUACUUGAACGAUGUUUUGAGGAAAGACAAUAAG